AUGGGGCUCCGAACAACCCGUUUCCCAUCGACCCACGAAAUCGACCCGAAAACUGCACCCGAAUCAUCCAAAACCAACUUCCCUCCAUCCACGAUUCUCGGGCAUUGGCUUCCUCUCCGGGCAGUUCAUGCGGGCCCGCGUGAUCACUUGAAUCGUCUUGGGCCCGUACUCGAUCGCGCAAAGGAAGCCCACAUAGUCGUCCUCGGUCAAGUCGGUGUGGCGGGCUUUCGGGUCGACUCGUCCAUCAUUGGGCCUAGCGAGUUGUCGGUUAGGCCCGCGGUGGUCAUCAUGGCUGACCGGAUGGCUGCCGGGCUCCAGUCAGGAUGGGCCGACUUGAGCAGGGCAGCUGCCCCGCUCACGUGCGGGCAGGCCAUCGAGGUGCCCGAGAGGAUGUUGAACUCGGACUUGCGAUGGUCCGAGUCGAGGCCCGUGGGCCCGAUAGCGUCGGUCCACGCGGCUAGGAUGUUGACUCCGGGGGCAAUGAGAUCGGGCUUUAGGAUCUCUGGGCUGAGCCCGUUUGGGCCUCGAGCGGAAAACGAGGCGACAAUUGGGGCGGGUUUUGUACCGAUUACGGUGCCGUGGAAGAUGAGGGUUGCGCUGGCUUUAGGGUCGGAUGCCAGGUGUGCGUCUCCCACUAGACCCUCGCCGUUUGAGGGCCCGUUGGUGAGGAUCAUCCCCACGCCGCCGGACUCUUUGACGACCAAUCCCUUGGCGACACGUGGGCUGUUGCCGCGGUCGCAUAUUACGAUUUUGCCCCUGACGGAAUCUGGGUCGAAGGGAGGCGGAGAGGACCCCUGUUUUUCCUGGGUAGACGAGAGGGUACAUUUUACCGGCGAGUGGCUCGCCGGCGUAGAGGGAUACUCCGGGGAAUCUACGGCCGUCGUUGAGGACGACCUCCGCCGGGAAAUCGCGGUCGAUGGUGCCGGCGCCUACGGUGGUGAGCCAGGGGGCGAGGUUGGACGAGACGAAGAUCCCACGGGAGACGGCGCCGUAAGCGCCGAUGGCGAUGGGGUCCAGGUAGUAAGGGGUGGAGAUGCCCUCGCCGCCGCCGAUCGAGAUCGAGAUGACGUCGACGCCGUCGCGGACGGCGGCGUCGAACGCCGCCAGGAUGUCGGAGUCGAAGCAACCGGACUUCUUCCAGCAGACCUUGUAGACGGCGAGGCGGGCCUUGGGGGCGACGCCCUUGGCGACGCCGGCGGCGUAGCCCUGCAUACUCGCCCUGAAGGAGUGCCGCCCGGCGGCCGUCGACGCCGUGUGGGUCCCGUGGCCGUCGGCGUCCCUUGGCGACCUGAACUCCACCGUCUCGUUGAUUCCGCCGGGGAUUCCCCCAAAUCCGGGCGCCGCCUCCUGGCCCUUGGAGAAAAACCGGGCGCCGACGAUUUUCCGGUUGCAAUUCCUGGGGCUGAACCCCGGGCCGGACUCGCACGCGCCUCUCCAGCGCCUGCGGCGCUCGGGCCAAAUCCCGGUGUCGAGGACGCCGAUGAUGACGUCGGAGCCGUAGUCGGAGUCGGACCAGAGGCCGCGCUGGUUGCGGAGGCCGAGGAACUGGGGGGAGCGGGUGGUGUGGAGGUGGCGGCGGCGGUCCUCGAAGGCGGCGAGGACGGAUGGGGCGGCGGCCGCCUGGGAAGGGGUGAGGACGGCGGAGAAGCCGUGGAAUACGGUGUCGUAGAGGUGGAGGAUGGCGGCGGAGUCUGUGAACUCGGCGGAGUACCAGUGGUGGGGAGUGGGGAAAAUGGACGGCUUGGAUGA